GGAAGCAGGUGAAGGUCUUUCACAGAAGUGUAGUCUCUGUGCAUUUCUGCUGUCUGACAGACCAGAAACCAAAUCGCACAGGGGCCUCCAAAGAAUAGGGUAUUAAAAAAAAAAGAUCCGUUUUUUUCCCCUCAAGCAGAUGAAACGUUCUAAAAAAAAGAACAAAGGACACAAAAGAAAGCAAAGCAAGGCUGUGUGAUCUGCAAGUGCGCUUUCGCGCAAUCACAUGGUCUGCGUUUCCGCUUUGACGAUCAUUUAGCUCUGAAGCCGCUCUGAACUGCCGUGUUCUGAGGAGAUGACAGCUGUGAUCUCCACCAUGAGUUUCAAGGGGCUCCACAGACAGAACAGCCAUGACAAUUACAUUCUGGAAGGUUCUUUGAGGAACAAGAGGAGCCUGUGGCACAGGUGUUCUCUUAAUGGGGAAAGAGACAGCAAGCACCGGCAGAAUGCUGUGACAAGCUUCGCAACUCUGCCAAGAGGAGAGAAACAGGUUGUACGUACUCGGUCAAAUUCCCUGGUGGAUUACACAGACCCACAAAGGACCACUGUCGUGCUGGAAAAGCAAGACAAUGAAACAUUUGGAUUUGAAGUUCAGACGUACGGCCUGCAGCAGAAGGAGAGCAGCACGGUGGAGAUGUGCACGUUCGUGUGCAAGGUGCAGGAGCACAGCCCAGCUGAGGUCGCCGGGCUAACCACCGGCGAUGUCAUCGUCAGCAUCAACGGCAGAUGCACAGAUGGCUCUGCUCACCAGCACAUUGUCAACCUGAUUCGAGGGUGCACCAACGUUUUAACCAUGGAAACAGUGAGCGGGGCGGUGGUGAAGAGGAUCGAGCUAGAGAAGAAGCUGAGGUUACUGAAGCAAAGUCUGAAGUCAAAAUGGGUGGAGCUAAAUCGGCUAACAUUACAGGAACAGCGCCUGGCUCAUGGCGACGUGCCCAUGAGUCCGGCCCACCCCUCCCUGGACUCCCCCGUGUCCCUGCCCUCCCCCGCAGCGAGGUGGGGCCUGCGUUACUCCAGCGACAGCAGCUGCAGGAGCAUGGAGGUGGAGGAGGGGGGCCAGAGCCCCCUCCCGUGUGUGUUCGAGGACCUCAGCCCCAUCAGCGCCUUCCCCUGGGACCUCCCGUCCGGCCACCCCCGGGCCCCCAGGGGCCGCAGCUCCAGCCUGGCCGGCAGCAGCGACUCCCUCUCGCCCUGCUGGGACUCCCUGGGCGCCAGCUCCCCGUUCGGCACCCUCCCCCGCAAGGGCCGCAAGGCCAGCGUCAGGAGGCGCAUCCUGAAGUUCAUCCCCGGACUCAACCACUCGCUGGAGGAGGAGGAGAACUGAGGACACGGGCUACGUGACUUUUGGACAAACCGCCCUGCUGAUUCUGUGCCACAGAGUCAUCCUUUCCGGCAGCAGAAAUGUACAGUUUACAUGGCAACGAUGCUUUGAGUGCAGAGGAAGGCAAACUGCAUGCUGUACUAGCCUUAUCUUUACAAUAAUCAUCAAGUAUCAUUCACUGUCAAACACAUUUGUAGCACAACAUUCGGACAGACAGAAUUGAUAAGAUUAUAGCAUUAAGCCAAUAAGCAUUACAGGUGUCAUUUAUGUGAAGGUGUUUCAUGAUUGAUGCAGCAUACUACACGGACAAGACAAAAGUAUGGAACUUUUUUCUUGUAACACCUUUCCCUGAUUUGUAACUUCUUUCAUAAUGAACUACUGACCUCUUUAUGAAGCAUAGCUUUUAGUGUGUAUGUACAUAUGCAUGCGUGCACAUACACACAUAUGGCAUUUUCAUAUCAGAAGUAUCAGUAAGCCAAGGAUAGUUUAUGAGAUGUUCAAAACAGGAUGUGGGUAAAGGUGCAACUGCAGUGUAACCUUUGGUUUCAGGUCCUCUACCGUCUCCACUGUGUUUCUUCAACGUUAGACUUGCAGUUCAUGGAAAAUCACAUCUACUCAUAUUCCUGCUGCAAAAAACAGCCCAGUUAGGUUUUGAAAACAACUGAUUACUGGUUGACCAGUUAAGACCAGCUUCAUACUCAACGUGGUUUGACCAGCUCACGCGAGGUUUUGAAACAGCUGGUAGCUGGUAUAUCAAGCUGGUCAGUUGUAUUUUACACCAGAGAUGUCAUAUGUCUAAUAACAUACGUAUCUAUGUUUUCGGUAAGUCGUGCUCUUUAUGUAAAUUUGUUCAUAUGGCUGUUUAUUGUGUUUUGGAAAUGUUUUUUUGGGGCGGGGUUUUUUGCAAGCCAUUUACACACUCAAUUAUAGACGGAGAGAGAGUUCAUUAAAACAGUUCAUUCUCGGUU